AUGAAAGCGGCCGGCGAACAUCUUGACAAGUCAGUCUGCACAGAAUAUAUCAUUGCCCUUUUCGAUACGGCAAAGGACAUGGCACAGCAUUGCCAGUAUCAUACAGGGCCUGGUUUCUGGGGACUUGUCAGUCGUAGUGUUACGUGGGCGCGGCUAAUUUCCCCCGGAGAUCUUUACGACCUCUCAAUUCGAGUCAUCUCCGCCAGACGUGUCUUCCUCGAGCACAUAAGCUACUGGGCUGAAAUGAAAAGGGAAGAAAACUGGCCCGUCCCCGAUAGCUACUUCGUCCGCAUUUUCAACGAAGCCAAUACGGCGGUAGACGGCUUUACCAAGGCCGUAUACGAUACCUAUGGAGCCAACUCAAAAAUCAGAGAAAGAUUUUAUCCCAAGUGGACCGACGACUCCGAUAACGAGGGCACCGCUGAGGCAACCAGAGCCAGAUUCCUUGAAAGGUGCGCAGAACCUCGCACGUCUUCGACCGGCGCAACUGUUGAAGGCCAAAGUACCGUUCAGGAAGGAGAAGACAAGGAAGAAGAAGAGAAAGAAUACGAGGGAGUAGACGAGGGAGAAUACGAGGGGGGAGACGAAUAUGAAGAAGCAGAUGGAGAUGUGGACAGUGAGAUGCAUGAGAUGGACUAUGAGAUGAACGAGGAAAUGGACGAGGAAAUGGGUGGUGUAAGCGAGGAAGUUGGUGAAGCCAGCCAGGAGAUGCAGCCGAUGCAAACCUCCGAAGGUGAGCCAGGCCAUACCAUGACUCUCCCCUUACGUUUCCAUUGA